UGACAUCCUGUUGUUGUUCAUGAAGUUAAUGGAGAUACUACGCUUCUGUUUGACGAUUUGAAGCCCAACAGUCAAAGGUAGUCUGACAGUAUGGCAGGCAAUGGUGCUGGAAUGAGCUUUGGAACAACAGACUUCCGGGAGAAUUACAGACUGACAGACAUGGAUGACUCGCAGCGAAAUCCGUCGUCGGACCGGAACGGUGUACAUUGUCCGAAUCAGAGUUCCGGUUCGAACAGGAAAUAUUCAGUGUACAGAAAAUCACCAUUGGACGUGGUCUUGACGGAGUUUUCCGACUCCACCACACUUCAUGGUCUUCGCUACAUCGCCAUGAGUGACGCGUUCUUCCUCAGACGGUUGGUUUGGUUUCUGCUUGUCCUGGUGUGUUCUGGUGUGAUGACUUUCCAGAUAGUCGACAGAAUUAUGUAUUACUAUGAAAACCCGGUCAAUGUCAACGUCAAGGUCAACUACAACCAGUCGCUGUAUUUCCCUGCGGUCACUCUGUGUAACCAAAACACAUUCAGAGCUACGGCCGCGACAGACCAGGAGUUAUACCGACUGAUCGAGACUGUGUACAAAAAAUCCCUCAAAAGUUUCAAUGUAUCCGAGCUAGAUGUGUACAACGCCUCCCACCUUGCGAUCAGUGAAUUAUUUUGGCUUACAGGACACAAGAAGAACAACCUCAUUGUCAAGCAAGUAUCAUGUACUUGGGGUGAUUUACCUUGUGGUCCGGAAAAUUUCACAACUGUACUUACAGACCAUGGGCUCUGCUAUACGUUCAACUCUAAUACAGACCCUUCCUCAGUUCUGAUAACGUCAUCUUCAGGGUCCGAUGCAGGCCUCCGCUUGCUGUUGAAUGUUGAACAGUACGAAUACAUGCCUGGUCCCAGUAGCGCAGCAGGCGUCAAGGUCCUCGCGCACGGACAGCAAGAUUUGGCCCGGGUCAGAGAACUUGGUAUCUCCGUCCCCACUGGCACACAUGCUUUUAUUGGACUUCAAGUCAUAGCACUUGAGAACCUACCUCCUCCACAUGGACAGUGUAGUGAGAAGGGUCUGGCCUACUUUGACUAUUAUACAUUCGACUCCUGUCGCCUGGAAUGUUUAAUGACAUAUAUUGCCGGAAAGUGUGGUUGUCGUGACUUCUACAUGCCAAGCAUCGAUAACAGGCCGAGAAUAUGUUCCCUGAAAGAGUAUUUUAGUUGCUUUCUGCCAGCCAAACAGGAAUAUUUGCUGUCGGUACAAACAGGAAGUCAGCAGUGCACAUGCCCCACUUCCUGUAAAACACUUAUGUUUGAUCCCACUUUGUCAUAUGCUACCACUUCCCGUCAUGCAGUGGACAAGAUUCUGGACAAGGUCAUCACUUCAGAGAUGACCGAUGAGCUAACGCGAGCAAGGGAGAUAACCAAUCGCAUGGAGAAGGAAAAGUUGGAGAAAUUCCAAACCGUUGUGCUCGCCGUAAAUGACUCAUUAACAUCAGUGAAAACACUGCUUUACAACGACAUGAGAAAGCGAAUUUCAAAACAGGUAGAAAUUGUGGAAAAAGUAUCUGAAAAAAUGAUGAGUGCCUGGCGAAAGAAAGAUUUCCUUUAUAGGUAUCAGGAAUACAACAUCAGACGAAACUUUAUACGAGUAAGGGACGCAAUGGAAGAAAGGACAUUAAACCUUCUCUGUAUUGGUUUCCACGAGUUUGUCUUUGUUACGGAGACGUAUCUCAAGGAUUUAGUUUCAGAUGCAUUUGAGAGCAAUUUGGAUAGACGAAUAAUUCUUUAUACCAUUAUAGGUGCUAAAAUACAGGAUCGCAUGGAAACUGCCAAGCGAGCUCUCUCUAAUUAUACAGAACUAUACGAGGCAUACAGAACGGGAACCCCCUUGUUUCGGUAUAAAUUUUUAAGGGUGCCUAGAACACAUAAUGUCAUGAUGGUACCCAAAAUACUUCUUAAUGCUUCUCUUACCCAUAAUGCUUACGCUAGGUUAUACGGUCCACGCCUGAGGGAUGAUAUCGAGGCUAUCAUUGGUAGUUUGCUUGAAUACCUCGAGUUUCUACAAGAAGUGAUGCAAACGAACAGUCUUAAUAUCACAAGAAUGGUCUCCAUCAGCGGAGAAUAUGUAGACGCUUGCGAGAGGUUCUAUCAUAGCAAGAGUGUGUUUUACUACGAAAGUAUAGAGAGACCUUUAAGAGUGGUUAUAAGCCGACAAGACAACUUUAAGAAAACAAAAACACACUUUAUGGCGACGAUCCAGAGCAUAACGGACAAUUUGUUGCAAUUGAAGGAUUCUCUUGAAAAUUUGUCAAACUCAACUCUACAUGUUCUUUCGGAUCUAGUUGAUCGGGCUGUCAAUUACUUCGAGGACGCAUCCAUAAGAAAGCUCGAUGUUGCGAGAAUGGCGCAAGUGGAAAAGGUACAUACUGCAUCUGUAAAUUUAAAGAUGUUUUUCCAAGAGGUCAGGAAUCGCGGCCAUGCAAUAUACGAUGGCUGGACUGCCUUGAUUCCAGUAGGAAAGUCCAUCUGGAAAACGAUUUUAGAAGAUGAGGAAAUGAUGGAGUAUUAUAUAUACAGAAAUAUGACCAGUUUCUUGGAAAACAGUACAGAUGUUUCCUAUGAACUUGAAAAUAGCUAUACUUUACAUCGAGACACAAAUGAUAUACGGUUUAUAGUGGGUCUAAAGGACAACCUUUUCCAUAGUUCGAUGGAUCAGAUGCAGGAACAUCUGUCUAACUACGUGAUGUCAACCAAAGUGGACCAUAAUGUUAUCAUGGACAAUUACCUAGAGUUGGAUAUAUAUUAUAGAGAAAUGAAUUACGAAGAGAUCCGACAACAAAGGGCUUACGAUAUUUUCUCAUUAUUAUGCGAUAUUGGCGGAUCAAUGGGACUUUUUGUGGGAGCUAGCGUGAUGACCAUGUUUGAAAUCCUGGACCUCUUUAUCAAUCACUCAGCAGAACGCUUACUGAGGUCAAAACGUUAACCAAUCAGAGAAAUGGAUAUAUUUAGAUACGAGAUAAGAUGAGUCCAUUUGAAUGUUAUGUCUAAAUACUAGCAUUUGCAUAUGUUCGGAUAACAAAUGUAACAUGUUUCAUUUUUAGAAAAUCUGUAGACUACCUAAUUAUUCACUAGAAUCGGGUACCAUGGAAACGUAAACAAUGAUAUGGAUGGUGGAAGCUUGCGGCCAUUAAACUUUAUUUAUGUUUAUCUUAGGUUUUACUACACAUUCUAUUUUACUGGUAAAAUUAUUUCUUACUUUUUUAUCAAUAUUUAUAUGAAAUCAUUUAAAAAGACGUAAUACAACAUUGCAAUCAUAGGUUAUAUAAAGUUGCUACAUUUCCUACAGAGAGUAUGGUCGAUUUAAAACAAGUUUAACUAUUUUUAUAUUUUAUACAAAAAAGGUUUCUUGAUUCACCAGCCCAUGGAUGUUUGAUCUUCUCUUUUCAUGUUUUAAAUUCAAUUGCAUCCUGACGGAAUCCUAUUGAACUCGGCCUAAGUCUUAAAAGUAAUCAUUGUAGAACACUGUUUUCAUUAUUGUAUUUUUUUUUUUUUUUUUUUUUUUACAUUUGUUGGUGUUAAUAGGAUAUAUUUGUUUACAGUGGACGAGAUUUCAUGGAUUUUGUGACAAGUAGUGACUAAACUGCCGGCUAUGUUUUUUCCGUAUUAGGUUGGUAUACAAACUUACAAAGACAUAUCUUCAAUGGCCUCGUGAAUUAUAAAGCUAUUGAUGAAAGAUAUUUCUUUUUCACAUGAAUUAAAAAUGUCAAAUGUGAUGACUCAAUAUAGGAUUAAGGUUUCUGUCUUAAUUUUGUUUUAUAUACACAUGCAAAUGACGAGGUAACAAAUUAGUAUGUAUGUGAAGCAGAACUAGCCUGAACGCCAGUGCACGUUGACAGGGAGCUGAAAUGGUUAGAGCGUCCAUCUAGAGUCUGGAGGUCCUGAGUUCGAGUUCUGGUUUGGUCGUUGCAUGUUCCUCUCUUGUUACCUACAUGUUUGCACCCAACUGAAUGUCCAUAAAAGAUGGUAUAGGGUCUUGUAAGUUUUUUUGGUACAAGACAAAACCGUUUGGAGUUCGGAGUUCCGUGAAUAGUCCAUUUUUGUUAUUUUUAUUGGUUAAGUAUAAAAAAUUGAAACCGGUGUUGCACUCUUGUAUGAGAGUUCGAUGGACUACGUAUGGGUUAUGUAUAGGUGUUGUACUAUGGUAUGGGAGUUCCAAGGACUCCGUAUGGGUUAUGUACCGGUGUUGUAGUAUGGUAUGGGAGUGCCAAGGACUCCGUAUGGGUUAUGUACUCGGUGUUGUAGUAUGGCAUGGGAGUUCCAAGGACUCCGUAAGGGUUAUGAACCGGUGUUGUAGUAUGGUAUGGGAGUUCCAAGGACAACGUAUGGGUUAUGUAUAGGUGUUGUACUAUGGUAUGGGAGUUCCAAGGACUCCGGAAGGGUUAUGUAUAGGUGUUGUAGUAUGGCAUGGAAGUUCCAAGGACUACGUAAGGGUUAUGUACUCGGUGUUGUACUACGGUAUGGGAGUUCCCGGGACUACGUAAGGUUAAUGUACCGGUGUUGUAGUACCAUAUUGGAGUUCCAAGGACUCCGUAAGGGUUAUGUGUAGGUGUUGUAGUAUGGUAUGGGAGUUCUCGGUGCUACGUAUGGGGUAUGCACAUUGUACCAGAGUUGUACUACAGUAUGGGUUAUGUGUCUUGAAACCCUCGAGUGUAACUCAUUUAUUGUUCUGACUGAAAAUGAAAUAUCGGUAUGCAUGUGUAAUGAGAAAGUGUGUACAUGUCUGGUUAUGGGGCUGGCAGGGAAGACUCUAGAUAUAGUCAUCGCUGUCAGUCUCAUACUUGUGAGGUUCAAAGCUUUUCACGAACCUGUGUAUUUCUAAUUCAUCAACAAAUAUACUUUUCAAUGUCAAUAACAUGGAAUGUCCAGUUAAAUCAAUAUAGUGUGUACAAAAUCUUUUAGGAGAUCAUCAUACCCAAAUAUGUACAUCGAAAAUAUUUUCAAGUAUGUCAAUAAAAAAAAUUAUCACAACUAAA